AUGGAUGGCGAUUCUUUUUCUUUUUUUCUGCUGUUUUCCAUCUUCACCGCUUUGCGUCUGAGCUCAUUCCCGUCACCGCCAAUUCUCACUUCCUUCUCAUUCACCGCCUCACUUUCACUUCCAAGCCUAUUCACCGCCCCACUUUUCUUUCUUUUGAUCUCGCCACCGCCCUCGCUUUCGCUCUCGUAUUCGUUACUAUCACCGCCUUCGGACACUAUGGACAUCUCUACGGGUUUUGACGUCUUUGAGCGUAGUGACCCCUUUGAGGAUAUUGACCCCUUUGCGGAAUUCAACGAGCGUCUCAAUCGCAUCCAUCUGGAGGCUCCUCCUGGCUCCAAGUUCGAUUUUUUCCACAACAUCAAGCUUGGGAUUUUCCACCCAGCCCCUUCUGAUAUGGCCGACAAGGCUAUGGUUGCCGGUGACAAGGCAUUGGAAAAAGGAGAAGUGUUACAAUCCAUCUAUUGGUACACCCUUGCUCUAAACCAUGAGCCCAGUGCUCCGGCGGCCUAUAUCUUACGCUCCAUUGCCUACACUCGCCUGAAGCCCGAGCAUGGCGGUCCAAAGUACCAGGCUGCCAUGGAAGAUGCCGAGGUAGCUCUGGUGCUUGCCUCUGACCGCGGCCGCCGAGAAUAUUAUCUCGCUUCACAGUUUCGUCGUGCGAUUUGUCUCUACCAAUUCGGUCGCCUGGGCGAUGCCGCUUGGCUCCUACAGAGACUGGACGACUCCAUCAAGAAAGAGGAAUCGUCUCCAAGUCCCUCCGCGAAAUUCAAUUUCCGUCGUCCAAUCUCCUUAUGGGCCGUCAAACUCAAAGUUCUGGGGGCGAAGAAGACCGAGGGUGACCCAAAGUGGGAUGUGACCGUCCCCGAGGUGAACCGAUCUGUUUACAUGCCUUCCGUCGAAGUCUUGAAAGCUCAGCUUGAGUCCGCCAAGGCUGCUCUUUCUCCCGCGCAAAAUGUCGUUACCCCAGAUAAGACUUAUAGCGCCCCUCUCUACACCUACACCGACUGCUCCGAGGAGCCCGGAAAGGCCCCAGAAAAGGAAAGCGACAAAUUCUCCAUCCGGGAAGAGUGGUACCAGACCAGAUUUGAGGUUGUUGUAAACCUGUUCGUGCAACCCAUGAAAUUUGACGGCACCAAGAUUGAGGUCAAGUUCACGGAGAUGGACGUCGAGUACGGAUUUCCGGAUCUCCUCGAUGAGCCUUACAAGGUCACAAUCCCGUUGCUAAACGAGAUUAUCCCGGAGAGAUCCAGCUGGUCCGCAAAAAACCAUAAGCUCGAACUCAAGCUGCGGAAGACGGCGUCUUACCACUGGAGCGGUCUUAACCGCGAGUUCACCGGCCUUCGCAAAUUUUCGGACCCAAAGGAUAUCCUGGGAAAGCCCGACCAGGAUUCCAAGCCCGACCAGGAUUCCAAGCCCAGUGCCCCAGCCAAGGACUGGGAUAAAGUCAUCGCCGAUAUCAAGGAGGCGGAGGCAACUGAGGCAAACAAGGCUUCCGGAAAGUCGAAGGAUGCCAAGCUUGACGAUUCGGAUUCCGAGGGUGAUGAUGUCGACAGCUUUUUCAAGAAGCUCUACCGUGGUGCGGAUGCAGACACCCGUCGCGCCAUGAUCAAGAGCUACACGGAAAGUCAGGGCACAUCGCUGAGCACUAACUGGACUGAUGUCAGCAAGGAUACUGUGCAGCCCCACGAGUAG